AUGACUUCAACCACCACCAUCCAAGCCCAAAGCGGCACAAUCAGCAUCGCCCCCAAACCCACCCACGGCCAUGAACUCAAAGACAAGACCCCCCUCCAAGCAAUGUCCCACGGCGACGUCGUCCUCAGCGGCAUCCCCUUACACCCCGACUUCUCCUCCCAACGCCAAUGGCAACUCGAGCACAUGGCCGCUGCCUUUCGCCACUGGCAUCGCGAAGGCUACGUCGAAGGCAUGAGCGGUCACAUUUCCGUGCGCGAUCCAGAAUUCACCGACGCUUUCUGGACGAACCCCCUCGGAAGACACUUUGGUCUGUUAAAGGUUAGCGAUAUGAUCCUCGUUAACCUUGACGGAGAGGUCAUUGGGGGGGAUCGCUCGAGACCACCUAACACGGCGGGGUUUUUGAUCCAUGCUUCUAUUCAUAAAGCGAGGAGUGACGUUCACGCUAUUUGUCACUGUCACAGCAUUCACGGAAAAGCUUGGUCUGUGUUCGGCAAACGCCUCGAAAUGCUUACGCAAGACGCGUGUAAAUUUCGAGGCGACGCGCAUAGCGUUUACGACAGUCACGGCGGCGUCGUACUAGGCAGUGAAGAAGGAGACCGCAUCGCAGCCGCAAUGGGGCCCGAGGGAAAAGGCUGUAUCUUGCGGAACCACGGUAUUCUCACGGUCGGACAAACUGUGGAUGAGGCAGCGUGGCUGUAUACGUCCAUGGAGAACAGUUGUCGCGUUCAACUUCUCGCCGAAGCUGCUACGGCGAAUGGCAUGCCCAAGGUUCUGAUCGAAGAUGAGGAGGCCAACUUUAACUUUGAUGUUGAGAGCGAUCCUGAGAUUUGUUACUGUGAGUUUCAGGUUUAUUAUGAUCUGGAGGAUGAGAUGUCCAAUGGGGCUUUUAAGAAGUAA